GCGCUCGUGCUGAACUUUCUCCCCCAGUGCACGAGGCUGAAGUGGUUCAGUCCAUGACAGCGGAAGUGCUGACAGCGGACCUGAGAGAGAGCGAGUCGAGUUCCAGACGCUCGGUCGAGUUUGUGUUGAUUUAUGUAAGACGACACAGAAGCGGCACGCAGAGACUCCGAGAUGCGGCGAAAGCAGAAGAGACUGCUGCAGAUCGCGCUGCUGCUGCUGCUGGCCUUCCUGCUGCUGCCGAACAUCGGCUUGUGGUCCGCGUCUCUGGAGCGAAUGUUUGACAGCUCCGCGGACGCCGCCGCGCUCUCGCACGCGCAGAGGAUGAACACAGUGCAGAACGCGGGCGUUCGGAGAAAGGACUGGCAUGACCAUGCACUGAUGAAGAGCGAAGCGGCACGUUCAGGUGUCGGCGAGCAGGGCAGGCCGUAUCCGCUGACCGACUCGGACCGCGUGGACCAGGCCUACAGGGAGAACGGAUUCAACAUAUUCGUCAGCAACCGCAUCUCUCUCAACAGAUCCCUGCCUGACAUCAGACACCCGAACUGUAAGAUGAAGCUGUAUGCAGAAGAUCUUCCCAACACCAGCAUCAUCAUCCCCUUCCAUAACGAGGGCUGGUCGUCUCUGCUGCGCACGGUUCACAGCGUGCUCAACCGCUCGCCGCCGCAGCUCAUCGCCGAGAUCAUCCUCGUGGACGACUUCAGCGACAAAGAGCAUCUGAAGGCUCCUCUGGAGGAGUACAUGGUGCGGCUGCCGAAGGUUCGAAUCCUGCGCACGAAGAAGCGUGAGGGUCUGAUCCGGACCAGACUGCUGGGCGCGGCGGCUGCGAAGGGUCAGGUCAUCACGUUCCUGGACUCACACUGCGAGGCCAACGUCAACUGGCUGCCGCCGUUACUGGAUCGCAUCGCGGAGAACCGGAAGACGAUCGUGUGUCCGAUGAUCGAUGUGAUCGACCACGAUAACUUCGGCUACGAGACGCAGGCCGGCGAUGCGAUGCGAGGGGCUUUCGACUGGGAGAUGUACUACAAGCGCAUCCCUAUCCCAGCGCAGCUGCAGAAACCAGACCCCAGCGACCCGUUUGAGUCUCCGGUGAUGGCAGGCGGUCUCUUCGCUGUGGACAGGAAGUGGUUCUGGGAGCUGGGAGGAUAUGACACGGGUCUGGAGAUCUGGGGAGGAGAGCAGUACGAGAUCUCCUUCAAGGUGUGGAUGUGUGGCGGCCGAAUGGAGGACAUUCCCUGCUCACGCGUGGGUCACAUCUACAGGAAAUACGUCCCUUAUAAAGUGCCGGGUGGAGUGAGUCUCGCCAGGAAUCUGAAGCGCGUGGCCGAGGUGUGGAUGGACGAGUAUGCAGAGUUUAUGUACCAGCGGCGGCCGGAGUACCGGCACCUGUCCGCCGGAGACGUGUCUGCGCAGAAGGAGCUGAGGAGCCGGCUGAACUGCAGGAGCUUCAAGUGGUUCAUGACGGAGGUGGCCUGGGAUCUGCCCAAACACUAUCCUCCGGUGGAGCCUCCGGCCGCCGCGUGGGGAGAGCUGCGUAAUGGUGCCUCCGGUCUCUGCAUGGAGAGCAAACACUUCUCCUCGGGCUCCCCGAUCCGUCUGGAGAAAUGCCUGAAGGGAGGAGGCGAGCCGACCUGGAGUCACGGUCAGGUCUUUACGUUCGGUUGGAGAGAAGACAUACGGGUGGGAGACCCGCUGCACACUAAGAAGGUCUGCUUCGACGCCGUGUCACACAACAGCCCUGUGACUCUCUACGACUGCCACGGGAUGAAGGGCAACCAGCUGUGGGCCUACAGGAAGGAUAAGAGCCUCUAUCACCCCAUCAGUAACAGCUGCAUAGACUCUGAUGCUGCACAGAAGCGGAUCUUCAUGAACUCCUGCGAUCCCUCGUCUCCCAGCCAGCGGUGGCUCUUCCAGAACACCAACACCACGGUCUUAGACUCCUUCAACAGCGAUCACAAUGUGUAAUCCACCGGGGCGAGAGCUUCGUGAUCAUGGAUGUGACGCUGCUCUCUGUGCCUUUACUGAACCCAUGUGCAUCUAGAAACUCUUUCCUGAUCGUCUGGAAAAGCUGAAGCUCUGUCCUUCUCUCCACACUCCCAUCAUCCUCAUCACUUCUGCUGACUUUCACUCCUGAAAAUGAUCAGUAACAGUGCUGCAGGCUUCGGUGCGUCUGAGGGUCGUCUCUAAG